AUGAAUAAAAUAGGAAAACAGAACAUCAUAGAGGCGUUUGAAGAGAGGUUUAAGAAAGGGUAUCUCGAUUGGUCUGUGUUCAAGAACAAGUACUACACAAGUAGAAAGAAGUACACCAAAUUUAGGAAGUUGAUUAAGAAUAGGACAGGUCUUGGGUUUGACAGCAUGGGAAGGGUUGAUAUGUCAGAUGAUUGGUGGAGUGAACGCGAAAAGGAGUGUUCUGGGAUUAGAAGAUCCAUAUGGAGAGAGGAAUUUAAUAUGGAUAUGUUUGAAGAGGAGUUUCGAGCUGUAGUAGUAACUGGAGCAGAAGGAUGGAGUGCUCAACAUGGAGAAGCAAGCUUGAGUUCUAGAGUGGGUGUAGAUGAUGGUGAUGAAGCCGAUUCUCAGCCAGCAGCAGAAACUCAAGCAGCAGCAGAGACAGAAACUCAGCCACAAGCUCAGACACAAACCCAGCGCCAAACUCAGACUCAUUCUGGAAGUUCGAGAGGAAAAAAAAAGCGUAAGGAGAAGGAUAUGGUUGUAGAAGCUUGUGACAAACGUACUGAAGCUCUUAUGGUGAAGAAUAAGAUAGCAGAACGGAUGUUGGAGCGGUCCAAGCAAGCGUCUCCGCAGCGUCAAGAAGCUUCUAGUGUUGAGAAUGUGUUAGAGAUUAUGUACACAUUGCCUGGAGUGAGAGAGUGGUCUCCAUUAUAUGAAGCAGCAAUGGAACAUCUUAUAGACAGUGAAGGGAGCAGAAGGGCUUUUAUAACAAUGAAGACAGAAGAAGCUAAGAUUAAGUUUCUAGAGCUUAGGACCAAGAUAAAACGUGACUAUGAAGCUUAG